CAGUUGACUUACUGUAACACUGGGCUCCAGUGUAUCCUGCUCUGGAAAUUCACUUUCUUGUUCCAUAUGGACUGAAUUUCUCUUCCUAGAGGUUGGCAGAACAAAUGUGGACAAAGCAGCAGCGGAUUCUGCUCCCCACAAGAGCUGCACAUGGGAGGCUUCAUAGAAACAGAGAUGCUGUGGCCUGGCGCUUUUCUACUCUCUGCAGAGUCUCUGGCCCAACUUUGUUCCAAAUGACCUUCACUGCUGCUCUUUGGGUUGCUGUAUUUGGCAAGUGUGGUCCACCACCUGACUUACCCUAUGCCCUGCCAGCCAGUGAGAUGAAUCAGACAGACUUUGAAAGUUACACCAACCUGAAAUACAAUUGCCGCCCUGGCUAUUCUAGGGCAUCCUCAAGCCAGACUAUUUUCUGUAGACCUUCGGGGGAAUGGAAGCUUUCUAUCUCCUGUGUGAAAAAAUCAUGUGGGAAUCCAGGAGACUUACAAAAUGGAGAGGUGAAAGUUAAGACAGAUUUCACUUUUGGAUCACAGAUAGAGUUCAGCUGCUCAGAAGGAUUUAUCUUAAUUGGCUCAUCCACUAGUUAUUGUGAGAUCCAAGGCAAAGGAGUUACCUGGAGUGAUCCUCUCCCACAAUGUGUAAUUGCAAAGUGUGGGAUCCCUCCAGACAUCAGCAAUGGGAAGCACAAUGGUAGAGAAGACUUCUACCCAUAUCGUUCCUCAGUCACCUAUAGGUGUGAUCCCAACUUCUCACUCUUGGGCAAUGCCUCCAUUACCUGCACUGUGGUGAACAAAACAGUAGGUGUUUGGAGUCCAAGCCCUCCUACCUGUGAAAGAAUCGUGUGUUCUCGGCCAAAUAUUUCACGUGGAAUAAUUGCUUCUGGACAUAAACCUACCUAUAAAUACAAAGACUCUGUUAGAUUGGCCUGCCAGAAAGGGUCUGUCCUCAGAGGCAACAGCGUCAUCUAUUGUAAAGCUGAUGGCCACUGGAGUUCUUACCCGACUUGUGAGCUCAAUAGUUGCACUAAUAUACCAGAUAUUCCAAAUGCUUCCUGGGGAUAUUCCAAGCCAAGCAAGGAAGAAGCAUAUCCGGUUGGGACUGAGUUCUCCUACUACUGUAAUUAUGGUUAUAGAGCUGUUACUAGAGAGCGCAUGACUAUGGUUUGUCAGAGGGACUUCAGUUGGAGGACAUUCAAUGGAUGUAAGGAGAUAUGUUGUCCAGUACCAGACCCAGAGAGUGUAGAAGUCAUUCGGCAUACAAAAGCGCAUCCUGAGAAUGGCUGUACUUACUCCUACAAUGAUGAAGUGUCAUAUAAAUGUGGCAAAGGUCACACCUUUUCAGCUACUUGCAAAUUAAAUGGCGCAUGGCAACCUCGAACACCAUCAUGUGAGCCAAGUUGUGAUUUUCCGCCUGACAUUGCCCACGGACGUUAUACAAAAUCUCAGUAUUCAUUCAUCAGAGAUCCUAAGGCUACAUAUGAAUGUGAUGAAGGAUACAGACUGGUUGGAGAGGCAAGCAUCUACUGCAUCUCUUCAAAAUGGCCAGCAGCUCCACAGUGUAAAGCUCUAUGUCAGAAACCAGAGAUAGGCAAUGGAAUGCUGUCUGCUGAUAAGGAUCAGUAUGUUGAGUCUGAGAAUGUCACCAUCCAGUGUUACUCUGGCUUUGUCAUGCUGGGCUCCCAAAGCAUCACUUGUUCAGAGAAUGGAACCUGGUACCCAGAGGUGCCCAGAUGUGAGCAGGAGGCCUCUAAAGACUGUGAGCCUGUGUUUGCAGGCAAGAAGAUUAUGCAAUGUCUGCCAAACUCAAAUGAAGUGAAAAUGGCUCUGGAGGUCUAUAAGCUGGCUCUGGAGAUCGAACUAUUAGAGCUCCAGAUAGACAAGGCAAAACACACUGACCAGAAGUCAUGACUGGAUAUUCUCUCAAGGAGGAAGAAGUACCUCAUUAGCUUUCUGACUUU